UCCAUGGAUAAAAUGCAAGCGGUGGAGGAUAUUGUGAUAGUGGGAGCGGGAAUAGCCGGGCUCUCCACAGCGUUGGGACUUUACAGAAUGGGAUUGAGAAGCUUGAUUUUGGAAUCAGCAGACCGGCUGAGGGUGAGCGGAUUCUCUUUUCUGGCAUGGAUGAACGCAUGGAAGGCCUUGGAUACUCUUGGAGUUGGUGAUAAGCUUAGAAAGCAACAUAUCCUACUCGACAAGACAUUUGCUUACACCACCGUCAAUGGAGUUAGUCCUAUCGCACAACUUUCGUUCAGGACUCCCGGAAAACAUGGGACCCAUGAAGCCCGGUGUGUGAGAAGAAAGCUCGUGGUCGAAGCACUUGCAGAUGAGCUGCCACGCGGCAGCAUUAGGUACAACUCAGGGUUGGUGUCCAUCGAACAGAAAGGUCAUGCGAAACUGCUCCAUUUAGCGGAUGGGAGUGUCAUCAAGACCAAGAUCUUGAUAGGAUGUGAUGGAGUGAACUCUGUGGUGGCAAAGUGGUUGGAUAUUCCAGAACCCGUCUUGACAGGGAGGGUGGCUACGAGGGGCUUAGCAGAGUACCCAGAUAGGCAUGAUUUCAAGGCCGAGUUUCUGCAGUACUUUGGGGAUGGCUUCCGCUGCGGUUUCUUGCCGGUCGAUGAAAAAUCAAUAUAUUGGUUUUUCACUUGCUCUCCCUCCCUUGAUGUGGAAAAAGGAAUACGUUCAAGUGCAUCAAAGGCAAAGCAAUUUGUGAUGAGCAAGCUUGCAAAUUUGCCAGAAGAAGUGCGAGGAAUAAUUGAAAGGACCGAAACUGAUAUUGUCUUCUCCUCUCCCUUGAGAUUGAGGUUACCAUGGGAUGUGGUAGGACGAAGCAUAUGCAAGGGGAAUGUCUGCGUUGCCGGCGAUGCACUUCAUCCCAUGACGCCAGACCUUGCCCAAGGUGGGUGCUCAGCGCUCGAGGACGGCAUCACAUUGGCUAGGUUCCUUGGAGAGGCACUAUUAAAAAAACCCAAAGGAGGAGCAGAAGAAGGAGAAGAAGAAGAGCAUAAGAGGAUCGAGAAGGGUUUAGAGAAAUAUGCCAAGGAGAGGAAAUGGAGACUCUUUAACCUCACCACUACAUCUUAUUUGUUGGGUGCUAUACAACAAAGUAGCGGGAUGGUCUUGAACUUCGUAAGGGAUAGGUGUUUUCCCAGAAUGUUGCUUCAGUUGUAUUUGAAGUGGAGUGACUUUGAUUGUGGUAAACUCUAUAUCCCUUGAUGGUGGUUUCUUAGGACAAAAAUAAUGAAACUCUAUGCAUGUAUGUAGGAGGACGACUCAUUUAUGAAUUGGGUAUUUUCUGAUUUAAUUAAUCUUGAUUGUGUAGACUCAUUAAAUG